UUACAGACCAGAGGAAGAAGGUGCUUGUUUGAUUGCUGCAAACACAAAAAUGGUCAAAGGUAACAAGAGCCUUUAUAUAGCACGGAUUGGACGUACACAUCUCGAUGACAGUGCUGGUUCAUCUAUGGGACACAGAACUCGUAUCCUUCCGGAGCGCAGAAAGUGGAGGGGCAUUGCCGUUGUAUCCCUAAUCCUCUGCCUCGUCUUAUUGGUCAUCACCAUAACAACAUGUGGAGAUGACACCGUGAGACAAGAGCGGGAGAAAGAGAUUCGUGCAGAAGAGAAGAUAAAAGGAACCCAGCGAGAGAAAGAGAUACGCACAGAAGAGGAGCAUAAAAGACUAGUGCAACAAACAGCAAUACUUAAACAAGAGCUAAAGAAAAGACAACAGUUAGAGGCAGCGAUACUUCUCGAAGACAACCAGAAAAGAGAUCAGCUAGUCGCAGACAUUCGUGCGCAGGAGCAACAGAAAAGAAAAGAGCUCGAGAAAGAUAUACGCGCAGAGGAUGAGAAGAAAAGACAGGAAAUAGAGGCAGAGAUUUGUGCGGAAGAGAAGCAAAAAGGAGACCAGCGCGAGAAAGACAUACGUACAGAAGAAGAGCAUAAAAGAUUAGAGGAAAAAACAUUAAUUCAUAAACAAGAGCAAAAGAAUAGAGAACAGUUAGAAGCAGCGGUACGCCUCGAAGAGCGUCAGAAAAGAGAACAGUUAGAAGCAGCGGUACGCCUCGAAGAGCGUCAGAAAAGAGAAGAGUUAGUGGCAGACAUCCGUGCGGAGGAGCAGCAGAAAAUGCAACAGUUGGCAGCAGCGGUACGCCUCGAAGAACGUCAGAAGAGAGAACAGCUAGUGGCAGACAUCCGUGCAGAGGAGGAACAGAAAAGAGAACAGUUAGAAAUAGAAAUACGCGCAGAGGAGGAGAAGAAAAGACAACAGCUACGAGCUGAGAUUCGUGAGGAAGAGCAACAGAAAAGAGAGAAACAAAAGAAGGUGUUGCUACCAGAAGAGAAGAAAAUACAACUGUGAGAAAAAAUAGGGUCUGCAGUACUACAUCUACUACUGACACUGUUGUCACUACUACUAUUACUGUUGUUAUUUUUGUUGCACAGUAUUUGUUAUCUCCGCCAUCAUGUUUUUAAGAGAGUAUGUGGAUGGGUUGGUUGGUCGGUGCAGCAGGCCAAAUGCGUCCCACAGUACCCCACAAUAUGUGAAAGUACCAUUGUGAAACCAGCGCGGUAGUAUGUGGACUCCAUUUAAUGUUUUGGGUGAUAAUCUGAGCUGCCGUUAACAUACACUUUGGACCAUUUCAUAAAUAUGAACACUAGAUUCCUCAUUGACCAGUCCUUUGUAUUGGAAGGAAUGGUUCAAGUCAUAUGUCCGCCAUGUUUAUAAUGCUGCCAUCAAUCUGUAGCAAGGCGAUACACACAUUAUCCUGUAGGUGGCGGUAAAAACAUCUGGAAACCGUAGGAUUUGGAAUGAAGACAGUAGCACACAUAACAGGGUUUGACCAUGCCAAAAGGCUGAACACGGCAUCAAGUAUUCGUACAGUAUAUGAGACAGUUGUAGCAGCAUAUGCCUGAUAGACUGGUUUAGGCACCAAACUGACAAAAACGGUUUUCUGUCUAAAUGGCCUCGCUGUUCAUUCGCGCUACUGGGCAUGCACAUGACGGCCAAGUGCUGAAGUGCUGCUGUAGUUUGAAAGCAUGGUCAUUUGAGCUACCUAAGGUAGAAGUGGAGUUGGAUUCGGUUAAUGGUAGCCUAUAGUACAUGUAAAUAUCAUCUUAUAAGUGUAUUGGUUUUAUAAUAUGUCUUUACCAAUUAAUCAUAGUAAACAAUGAUAGUGCAUGCUAGAUUAGAGCAAUAGCCAUUAUUGGAUAAUAAUAGUUUGGAUGUAAUAUUUCUCUUAUUGUUCUUAUUUUGUUUCUAUGAGUAGAAGGUGUGACUUUGUUUAGAGUGGAGUUGUAGGACUAGUAUACAGGGCUGCCAGAUGAGUCUGAUAAUUUCCAAAUCAAAUGUUGAAAAUCUACCUGGAAGCACUAAAUCCCGCGCAAUUCUUGAUUUCUAUGGCCAAAAAUUGAGCGUUUUUUUCCUGCUAAAUGCCAUUUUUACCUGCAGACGGCUAUCCUAAGCAGCUCAAUUGGGCGGUAAUCCGCACAAUCUGGCAACACUGCUACAAUAUUGUAAAUUCAUAUUCAUGUUAUUAGUGCUAAGUAGGCUGCCUGGGUCACCUGCCCUCCUACAGGCAUCCCAGAUGGGA